AUGGCCGCCCCAAUGCGCAACCCAAAGGACUCGAUGACCUCAACGUGGCGCACCGGGGAUCGCUCAGCGUGGACCGUCGGCCACUGGCUUUUAGAAUUCCUGAAUGUACACCAUGUUGAACUAGACCAAGAAGUCCCGAUUCACCAGAAGACCGACAAAGUCCCCUAUGCUCCAGAACUCCAAUUCCACCUUUGGAUCAUCAUCCACGCCAGCAUCCCCCUGAUCAUCCACCAACUCUACAUCACCAUUUUCGGCCCACCUCCUACCUUCCUCGUCUACAUCUUCUACAGCCAAGCCCUGGAAUUCAUAGCUGUGCACGAGACUCACGUCCUCCGCCGGAUGGGCCACACGAUUGGCUUCUUUGAUGGCGACAAGCACGCCCGGGACGGUGUGCCAGAUGUCGGCGUCAAGAAAACAGUGGGAUCCCUCCUCGCGGUGUUUAUUCUGCGUCCCAUGUAUACCGUCUUUUUCGCCUAUCGCCGCGACGAAGGCCCUACAUCCAUCCGCUGGGGCUGGCUAGUCUUCGAGACAGGGAUGUACGCGGUCGUCCUAGAUUUCUGGUACUACCUCAUGCAUCGCUCUGCCCAUGAAACGGACUUACUGUGGAAAUUCCACCGCACACACCACCUCACGAAACAUCCGAAUCCUCUGUUGACAGCGUAUGCCGAUAGAGUGCAGGAGUUUUUUGAUCUUGUUGGCGCGCCGCUUCUAACAUACGGCACCUUGAAGCUGAUGGGAUUCCCUAUGGGGUUCUACGAGUGGUGGAUUUGCCAGCAGUAUGUGGUGUUUACCGAGGUAUUGGGCCACAGUGGGUUGAGGAUGAUUGCUACCGCGCAAAAUCCUUGGACUUGGUUGUUGACUCUGUGUGAUAUGGAGCUUGUUAUUGAGGAUCAUGAUCUUCAUCAUCGCAAGGGUUGGAAGAAUAGUCAUAAUUAUGGGAAGCAGACGCGUGUGUGGGAUCGCUUGUUCAAUACGGAUAUCCCGAGGCUGGAGGGGCACCAGGGUAAUAUUGACUACGUCAAUACGGCGAAGCUGCCAUUGUUCUAA